CCCCCGCUUGCCCAGGUCCUUCCAGCUCCACGGCCUCUGACCACGGACCUUGCGGCGAGGUCAUGCCCCGCGCCUCUUCCGGCUCCUCGAGUCCUUGCUCUAAACUGCCCGGAAGUCCCAGAUGGGCCUCCUUCUUGAGUUGUUCAGCCUGUGAGGCACCUCCAGCAGUGCUCUUGGAAGUACAGGGCACCUUACAGAGGCCCCUGGGCCGUGACAGCCGCAGCUCCCCUACCAACUGCACCUGGCUUAUCCUGGGCAGCAAGGAACAGACUGUAACUGUCAGGUUCCAGAAGCUGCACCUGGCUUGUGGCUCAGAGCGCUUAACUCUGUGCUCCCCUCUCCAGCCACCAGUCUCUUUGUGUGAGGCUCCUGCCAGUCCCCUACAGCUUCCAGGGGGCAAUGUCACCAUCACAUACAGCUAUGCUGGGGCCAGAGCACCUGUGGGCCAGGGCUUCUUGCUGUCUUACAGUCAAGAUUGGCUAAUGUGCCUGCAGGAAGAGUUCCAGUGCCUGAACCACCGCUGCGUUCCCGCUGAUCAGCGCUGUGAUGGGAUCGAUGCCUGUGGAGAUGGCUCCGAUGAGGCAGGUUGCAGCUCAGAUCCAUUUCCUAGCCUGAGGCCAGCCCCUGCCCCCACUGUGCCCUGCAAUCUUACCUUGGAAGACUUUUAUGGGGUCUUUUCUUCCCCUGGAUAUUCACACUUGGCCUCAGUUUCCCACCCCCAGUCCUGCCUGUGGCUACUAGACCCCCAUGAUGGCCGGAGGCUGGCAGUGCGCUUCACUGCCCUGGACUUGGGCUAUGGAGAUGCAGUACAUGUGUAUGAUGGCGCUGGGCCCCCUGAAACCCCAAGACUGCUACGUAGUCUUACCCACUUCAGCAAUGGCAAGGCUGUCACUGUGGAAACCCUGUCUGGCCAGGCUGUUGUGGCCUACCACACAGUUGCUUGGAGCAGUGGCCGGGGCUUUAAUGCUACCUACCAUGUUCGAGGAUACUGUUUACCUUGGGACCGACCCUGUGGCUUGGGCUCGGGUCUGGGGGCUGGAGAAAAUCUAGGUGAACGCUGCUAUAGUGAGGCACAGCGCUGCGAUGGCUCAUGGGACUGUGCUGACGGCACAGAUGAGAAAGAUUGCCCUGGUUGCCCCCCCGGGCACUUCCCCUGUGGAGCUGUGGGCACCCCUGGUGCCACAGCCUGCUACCUGCCUGCUGACCGCUGCAACUACCAGACCUUCUGUGCGGAUGGGGCAGAUGAGAGACGCUGCCGGCAUUGCCAGCCGGGCAACUUCCGGUGCAGGGAUGAGAAGUGUGUGUAUGAGACGUGGGUGUGUGACGGGCAGCCAGACUGUGCGGAUGGCAGCGAUGAGUGGGACUGCUCCUAUGCCCUGCCCCGGAAGGUCAUCACCGCUGCGGUCAUCGGCAGCCUCGUGUGCGGCCUGCUGCUGGUCAUCGCACUAGGCUGUACCUGCAAACUGUAUGCCAUUCGCACCCAGGAGUACAGCAUCUUUGCCCCCCUUUCCCGGAUGGAGGCUGAGAUCGUGCAGCAGCAGGCACCCCCUUCCUAUGGGCAGCUCAUUGCCCAGGGUGCCAUCCCACCUGUUGAAGACUUCCCUACAGAGAGCCCUAAUGACAACUCAGUGCUGGGCAGCCUGCGUUCUCUGCUCCAGAUCUUGCGCCAAGAUAUGACUCCAGGAGGUCCCUCAGGUGGCCGUCGACGCCAGCGGGGCCGCUCAGUGCGACGCCUGGUUCGUCGUCUCCGCCGAUGGGGCCUGCUUCCUCGAGCCAACCCCCCAGCUCGGGCCCCAGAGACCAGACCCCAGGUCACACCUGCUGUUCCCACUGAGGCCCUGGAUGGCAGUACAGGUCCAGCCUGUGAGGGUGGGGCAGUGGGAGGGCAAGAUGGGGAGCAGGCCCCUCCACUGCCCAUCAAAUCUCCCCUCCCAACGCCUAGCACAUCUCCGGCCCUUGCUACUGUCUCUGAGCCCCCAGGGCCACUGCCUACAGCGCCCCUAGAGCCAUCGCUAUUGUCUGGAGUGGUGCAGGCCCUUCGAGGCCGCCUCCUGCCCACUCUGUGGCCCCCAGGACCCACUUGGACCCCACCUGGACCCCACACAACAGCUCUGGCCCCAGAGGAUGAAGAUGAUGUGCUGUUAAUGCCAUUGGCUGAGCCUGGGGUCUGGGUGGUUGAGGCAGAGGAUGAACCACUGCUUGCUUGAGGGGCCCUGACCCUCUUUGGGGCUCUAGACAUGCUGGCACAACCCUUUAGAGAUGGCUCAACUUCCCCGUUGAUCUGUAUAGCAUUGGAAAGUUAGGUUUCCCUCAGGCGGGGCGAGUGCUCACUGAGAGCCCCUUCUGUGUGUGACCAGAGACCACACACCCUGUACCACCACUCUGCCCAUCCCACUGCUAUCCAGGUGGCUGUGUUAAGAAAAGUUCCUAAAGGAUCAUAGUCCUGGACACUCCUUGCCAAAAGCCCCACCCAGAAGUGGCCUUAAGCACCAGAACGUCAAUUGGAUGGAGAUCUUCCAGGCUCCAAGGGGAGCAUUUGGGCAGGGUGAGGUUUUCCAGCCUCUAUCCCGAUGGGGCCCACGUAAAGAACACACAUGCUUUUGUCCCCUAGUUAGGUCAUUGCCCAGGAAAUUGAGGAAAAAAUAAAGAAUCAUAAACUUCA